AUGCAGAGCCGCAACCUCUACUGCGUCCAGCUUCAGAGCAAGCUGGUCACCGUGCAUACCAGAUACGCGCGGUCGCUGCUCCUCUGUCCACCCCACUUUGCCGACGGCGUAGCACAGCGUGGCGAUUAUUCAGACGCCGAGGCGUGGAGCCCGCCGCCGCCCUGGGUCGCCUCUGUCGCCUUGUCGAUCGACGUCCCCGGCGGCGGCCGGACCGCGCCUUGGUCGGUGCCGCUGCUCAACGUCGACCACAUAAUCGUGACGGACGGUCUCGGCAACGAGCGAGUCUUGCGCGACGGGGAGGCGGUGCAGCUAUCACCGAGCUUUGUCCUCUCGAUCCAAUUCGAGGAGCACAUCGUUCGACUCGGGCCAGCGAGCUUCUUCACCGGCCCAGAGCCGUCCCUGCCGGAAGAGGGGCAGCUCCUUGCCGGCUCCGGGCGCGCGCAGCAAGUGAGCGGCGCGGCGCCUCCCCCGGAGAUGAGCACGCCAUCGAGAGGGGCGGUGCCACCAGCCUCGCCCUUCACACGAGGAGCAGACGACGGCGACGACCCGCUCCUCGCGGAGGCGGUGGCCGAUAUGGCGCCGGCGCCUCCCGCGCGGGCAGAGCUCGACUUUAAGAUACCGCGCAGCGCCUUCGUCUACUACGUUCUGGAGGACAUAGCUGGUGACGACCUCAAAGGGACGCCGGCAGAGCCCGCGGCGUACGAGAUGGUGGCGACAGAGCGCCGCCUUGACCACGACGGCGGUUGGGCGCCACUCGCGGGCGGCUGGCGCCGGCAGCCAGUCUCUCUCCGCAUCGUCCGGCGGAGGCACGGGCCGGCGGUGCUUCUGACGGCCCUCGGUGUCGACGGGGGGGACGAAAAAUUGCGCGACAUGGGCAUUUUCCCGGGGGAGCAGCGCGAGUGCAUCUUCCUCCUGGACAUCAACGAGACGAUGCAACUGGAGGCCAUCACCUUAGCUAGGCCACGCGAGAACCCAAACGCCGCCGCACCUGACAUACACGCCCUGCAGCGAUCCGAUGCCAAGCCGCGAAUUGCGGCCCUCAAGAAGGACGGCCUGGAGGGAGGGGCUGCGUCCUUCAUUGCGGCGUUCUCGCUGCGCGAGGGCGCAGAGCUCAAAGUCUGGCUAGCAGACGGGGUGGCGGCGCCAAAGGGCUAUUCCGCCGAAGUCGCCGGAAAGGGCGGGAGGAACUUCAACAAGCGCUUCGUCAUCCUCCGUGGGACGGGCGUUGGGGGCGAGCUGCGUCUGCGCGUGGAGCGGGAAAAGGGGAUCGACCGCUGGAAGGGUUUUCAUGGGGCAUGGUUCACCGUGGCCCCACCACUGUUGCAAGAAGCAGCAGUCGAUGGAGGCAAGGUGGCGCUAGCGCCGCGGCUGCUGACUGAGGCCGACCAGAGAAGGCUGCCCGCCGCUCUGCACUCCACCAUCAUUGCACGCCACCGGUUCGAUCGUUGGGAGCAGCGGCUCCUACAUGAGUUGACGGCACGCAGAGCCGCCUUCGCCGACUUUGUGCUGAGCUUGCGCCGUGAGGUGGCACAUGGAUUCUCACUGAUGUCCAAUGCAGGCAGCUGCGUCCUUACGAGCGCAGCGAGUGCAUCAGAGGUGUUGCAGGUUGAGGCGUCCAGAAACCAUUUUGACAUUGGCGAGUUAGUAGCAAGUUACGGAAGCUAA